UGUGAAGACGAUCCUCAAGAAGAGACCUAUUGCCAUGCCGUUGGCAGCGAUGCCUUAUCUAUAAAGUGCUAUCGGUGCCUCCAGAGCGGUCACCCAGCUCGACUCUGUACUGAGCCCAAGGUGGUCGAUCUACAGAAAAGAUGCUCUAAGUGCGGCAAUCCAGAGCAUCAAGAGACAGACUGCAAGGUCCCAGUCAACAGGUUAUUCUGCCAACGUUGCCUGAAGAAGGGACAUCUAGCGUAU